CUUUCAUUUGUUACUGAAGCAGUUGCUACGGCUCAUUAUCAACUUUCCCUUGACAGGAAUGUAUCCAAAAUUCAAAAUGAUCAAAACUAUCUUGUUUGCGAUAUAAGCGAUGUCUCUGUUGGAAUAGCCAGAAUCCAUGCUGCCUCCACUGAGUCCCUUAGCACCGUUACGGAAGUCUCUGAUGAUAUCACACAAGGAUCAAUAAAUUUGGAGGGCAGGUUUAGAAACUACUUGACAGAACAUAUGACAGAGUUAAACUUGAACACUUCACUGAUAGAUCAAUUUGUUAAUGCAUUCACAGAAGACAUUAAGAAAUGACUGCCUUCUCACAAGCGGAUGCUAAUAACGAUGUUGUUGAAUUUACUUAUGAAGACCUCAACAGAAUUGUCUUUGAACCCUUUAUCGAAAGCACAACUAACUUCAUAUCAAAUGCUGGCAAAACUCAUGGCCAAUGCGAGAUCUUUUUCUUCGGAAAAUAUGGUGUUGAUGCAUACUUGGCUGAAAAACUUACAAGGGCCAACCCGGGGAGGUUGGAAUAUUAUCAUUCUUUUAUUAAAGAUUCACACGAGAGGAUUUCCUCCGGCGCAGUAUCUUCUGUAUUAAGCACUUACAAAUCCCAAAUUCCCUUUUUUUCUGACAAACAAUCGUCAAGACAAGAAACUAUUUUGGAAGAAAAUAGUAUUAUCAUUAAUGGGGAUUAUAGUUACGACUUCAUUGUUGCAAUCGACUUUGGUAACACGUCCUCUGGGUGCUCAUAUGUCAAACUAAGGGAUAAUAAAGGCAGACCGGCAAGUACACAAAGUAUCAAGACUAUAAAAGAAGAUUGGCCAGCGUGUAAUGCACUCGAGUUCGAAAAAGUCCCUACUUUGUUAAUGUACGGCAAGAAUAUGAAGCCGAAAUACUGGGGUGAAGAAGCAAGGCUUCAAGCAAAGCGCCAUCAAGACCUCAAUCUUUUGGGAAACUUUAAGCUGUUUUUACGUCCGGAUCCUCUAGAAAAGCUUUAUGACCAGAACCAUGAUCUGGAAGAAACGAAAGAGCAGGGAGAGUUUGUUAAUGAUAGAAACGAAACGAGAAAUUUUACUGCGGUCAAAGUAAUUGCUGAUUAUCUCAAGCUUUUUAAAAAUCACAUCAUUGAGCACAUCGUUACUAAAGAAUAUAAUGAUAACUUCAACGACUUUACCAGAGCAAGACUUCUAAGAAAAUACAAGAUGAGAUAUGUGAUUACUGUACCAGCGAUUUGGGAUAUGCCAGCGCGAGAUACCAUGGUGCAAGCUGCCAUUAAAGCUGGAAUGAUAACAAGAAGGGAUUUAGAUAGGCUUAUUAUAAUCAGUGAGGCUGAGGCAGUAGCAUUGUCAUGUGAAAAGAGAUUUACCGAAUAUUUUAAUAAGGCGGAUGGUAGCGUAGACGAUACAAACUUUAUUGUCUGUGAUGCUGGCGGAGGAACUGUUGAUUUAGUUACUUUUAAUUUACAAUACAAUGAAAAAAAGGAGGCAAUGCUUUGUCAAAUCGGCGAUGGUGUUGGUGAUACAUGUGGAUCAACUCUUCUCGAUGUGAGAUUUAAAAAGUACCUAUUCGAUUUUUACCUUAGCUGCGGAGUAAAUAUCGACGAAUCAAAUAUUCAGCUCGACGAUGUUAUGCAAGAAUUCAUUAAAAACCAAAAGCCCGGUUUCAUGCCCAAUUCGUAUGGUGAUAGUUAUUACGAAAUAGAUUUGCCGGGAAAGGGUGUUAUAAAUACUUCCAGCAACUCCAACUACAUAUUGGCUAAUGGAAAUACAACGCUUAAAAUGAAAAACCAAGAUAUGAAAGAGAAAAUAUUCGACCCUAUUGUUGAACGCAUUAUUUCUCUGAUCAAUAAUCAAUUAGAAGAAGCCGAAAGAGGAUGCGCAAAAAUUAACGCAAUUUUGAUGGUUGGAGGCUUUUCACAAUCCAGAUAUCUGCAGCAACGCAUCAAAGAUAAGUAUAAAGGUAGGUGUCAUGUAAGCGUUCCUUAUGAUGGUGUUACGACUAUUUCUCACGGUGCUGCUUCUUAUGCCUUAAAUCCUCGUUUACUAUCAAAAAAAUUUGCCAACCAAUCCCUUGGUUUACAGGUAAGGUCACCUUUUAUGAAGAGCUUGACGGAUUUGGACAAGGAAAAAAUCAAAGGCCCCGACGGAGACGAAAAUUUCGAAAAAGAUCGCUUAGAGUAUUUUGUAACAAGAGGUGAAGAAUUGGAAGGCGAGCGACAAACGGUACACAAAAAAGAUGUGUAUGUCGUAUACCCCAACGCUGCAUCAUGCUAAAAUAGCGGAAGCCAAAAUUAUCAUGCCAUGUAUGGCUGGAAUGGAUGGAAAAUCAAUUUACUUCACAGUUAGUCUUCAGAUAGAGCAUAUAGGAGUCACUGUUACUAUUGAAUGUCAAGAUCCAGCAAUCAAUGCAGAAGUCCAAAAAAUCACCAAAAAUCGAAAGUCAUCUCUUAAGUUCAAGCCCCAGUGUAGUCUUAAUGUGGCGACCUCCAAACAACCUUUGAUUUCAUAUUCUCUAGCUAAAACUGGUCAUCUGUUUAAUUUUCGGGAGACCCGAAAGUAACGAUCAGUUGCACAUUUAGAUAUUUUUCUUAAAAAACGUAAGAAAAUAAACUUUAUCAUAUAUACUUGGAGCAUUUUUCAUUUUAG